CCGAGCGACGCAGACUCAGUGCCAAGGGCGAGCGAGGGCCAAGCAGCAUCAGACAGCGGUUUGCGCGAGAGGGGAGCACACACUCGCUCUCCCAGCUGUUGGUUUUCCUCUGAACGUGAAUUUGAGCGACGCUAAUGACUUUCCCGAGGGCGGAGCUCCUGAGGUGGGCGCCGACGGUGCUGCCCUACCUCCUGCUCACCUCGCUCUUCGCGCUCACGCUCGUCUGGUUCUUCAGGAGGCAGCAGAAGAUCGCGCUCAUCGAGAAGAUCCCGGGGCCCAAGGCGCUGCCCCUCCUCGGCAACGCCCUGGAGGUCAACGUGGAGCCGCGAGAAUUGUUUCAAGUUGUCAAAGGAGGCUCAUACAUCUGGAGCUUUCACACCGCUGUCUUCCGCGUCUGGGCUGGACCUUUUCCUCUGGUCCAGCUGUUUAAAUGUGGCGCAGCAGAGGUGAUCCUUAGCAGCCAGAAGCACCUGGACAAAAGUCGUGACUAUACGUUCCUGCAUCCUUGGCUGGGCACGGGCCUUCUCACUUCCACAGGCUCCAAGUGGCACUCCCGCAGGAAGCUCCUGACGCCCGCCUUCCACUUCAAGAUCCUGGAGGACUUCGUGGAGAUCUUCAAUAACCAGAGCAUCAAAAUGGUGAAGCUGUUGGAGAAGAAAGCUGGUGGGGAGUGCUUUGACAUCUUCCCUUACAUCACUCUGUGCACCUUGGACAUCAUAUGCGAGACCGCCAUGGGAUGUAAGAUUGGCGCUCAAGACAACAGCGAAUCAGAUUAUGUAAAGGCUGUGUACCGGAUCGGAGCGCUCGUGCAGCACAGACAGGCUCGUCCCUGGCUGCAGCCAGACAUCCUGUUCAAACUCUCCGGUUACCAGAAGGAGCACGACGCCUGCCUCAAGCUCCUGCACGACUUCUCCUACGAAACCAUCAGGAACCGACGCAAGGAGUACCAGGAGAGCAAGAAGAACAAGGGCCAGGAGGUCACCGAGGACGAAGCAAUGGGCAAAAAGAAACGACUUGCAUUCCUUGACCUGCUGCUGGAGUACUCCGACGGCGUCUCCCGGCUUACCGACGAGGACAUCCGCGAGGAGGUGGACACCUUCAUGUUCGAGGGCCACGACACGACAGCCGCCGCCAUCAACUGGACGCUGUACCUCCUCGGGUGCCAUCCCGAGAUACAGGCCCGCGUGCACGAGGAACUGGACGGCAUCUUCGGAGACUCAGACCGCCCCGUCACUAUGGCCGACCUCAGGGAAAUGAAGCUGACAGAAAACUGCAUCAAGGAGGCCCUUCGCCUGUUCCCUUCCGUGCCCUUCAUCGCCCGAGAGCUCAGAGAGGACGUCGUUAUCAGUGACUACCACAUUCCCUCCGGUACCACUGUCCUCGUGGUGACGUACCGCCUCCACCGCGACCCCGAGCAGUUCCCGAACCCGGAGGUCUUCGACCCGGACCGCUUCCUGCCCGAGAACUGCAAGACGCGGCACCCGUACGCCUACGUCCCCUUCAGCGCCGGCCCCAGGAACUGCAUCGGACAAAAGUUCGCACAGAUGGAGGAGAGGAUCGUGCUGAGCAACGUCCUGCGCCGAUUCCGCGUGGAGAGCACCGUGAGGCGCGAGGACCUGAGGAUCCUCGGGGAGCUGAUCCUGCGCCCCGAGAACGGGAAUCCCCUCAAGCUGUACCCACGAAAGGCCCAGGAAGAAAGUACUGCCAAUAAACCAAUGGGUCCAAACCUGCCUUCUAUAUGGCAUUCCUUUAUGAAAACAUAUAUUACCGAGAUGUAUACAGAUGCUGUAGCAGGUGAAGAUACUAUACCACACUCUAAUUACGAUUAUCUCGAGAGCUACUCAUGUAAGCUUCCACACUGCUACACAAACCGAUUUUCCAGUUUGUGUUCGAAUGAAUCCGAAACUCCGUUAGGUGUUGCCAAUAGAUACAACUUGUUUUCCGGUUCUUGCUUCACAGCUGAAGGCAAAGCACACGAGAGCCACGACGCGCGACCCGCCGUCCAGCCAGUGUCCAACAUCAACGAAAGUCACGGAGCUCAGAAUGUCAGCGCUCGAGUUGCCUUUCGGAGGAGAGGGACGAAGGGCGCGACUCGGCUUGGGACGUUCGGCGCUGCAGUUGCUGCCUCGUCGGGACGCGUUGGGACACAGGCAUCUGAGAUUGCUUUGAAAUCCUUUGUGCCCAUCUUUCUCAAGGUUGUCUCUGCCAUCAUCAGUAUUCCGACCAUUGCAUUACCAUCAUUAUCAUUUUCCGGUCGGUUCUCAAAGUACAAACAUACUGAGUUGCUAAAGCCAUCCAAGAGGAUAUUCACAACCCCGACGGAGUGCGCGAUGGCGGGGCAAGGAAGCGCGUCCUGGGGCCUCGAGUCCCUCCUCAGCCGGUCGCUCUACGCCCUCGCGCCCGUGCUCGCCGCCCUCCUGCUCGGCCAGAUCUACAGGAGGCAACGGAAGAUCUGGCUGAUCGAGCAGCUCCCCGGACCGAAGGGGCUUCCGCUCGUGGGGAACCUCCUGCACAUGUGGGUCGACCACGAGGAACUCUUCCGGCGACUCUGCAAGAUCUGUGACCUCGGCAACGUUGCAAGGUUCUGGGUGGGAAGCAAGCCUUACUGCAUCGUGAGCAGCGCCAGGGCGGUCGAGACGAUUCUCAGCAGCUCGAAACACAUCGACAAGAGCUGGGACUACACGCUCUUCCGACCCUGGCUGGGGGAGGGCCUGGUCACGUCCUCAGGCGUCAAGUGGCACACGCACAGGAAGAUGCUGACGCCCGCAUUCCACUUCAAGAUUCUGGAAGAUUUCGUGGAGGUCUUCACAGCUCAAGCCGAAACACUGGUUGAAAAGCUGAAGACCAAGGCCGACGGACGGCCCUUCGACAUCUACAACGACAUCACGCUGUGUGCAUUGGACAUUAUAUGCGACAGCCAUGGGAAGGAGCAUCAACGCCCAGAGGAACUCGGAGUCGGACAUCGUGAAAGCCAUCCACAAGAUGGCAGGACGCUGAUCCAGUUCCGGCAGUUCCGUCCGUGGCUCCAUUCCGACUUCGCCUUCCGCCUCAGCAGCUACGGCAGGGAGCAAGAGAAGUGCCUGAGGGUGAUCCACGGACUCGCCACGGACACGAUUGAGCUGAGGAGGAAGGCGCGGCGAGAGGAGGAGAAGAGGAGAAGAGAGGAAGAGGGAAAGACGGGGGAUGAUGUCUGUGACGUCCCCGGCCAGAAGCCCCGCCAGGCCUUCCUGGACCUCCUCCUGGAGUACUCCGAGAAGGACCCGACCACCACGGACGAGGACAUACGCGACGAAGUGAACACCUUCAUGUUCGCCGGCCACGACACCACCUCCGCCGCCAUGAACUGGUUCCUGUACGCCAUGGGGAGCCACCCGGACGCCCAGGAGCGCGUCUUCGAGGAGAUCGAGGCCGUGCUGCGCGGGUCGGGCGGGGCGCCGUCCGCGUCCGACCUGCGGGAGAUGAAGUACCUGGAGCUGUGUCUGAAGGAGACGCUGCGGCUCUUCCCCCCGAUUCCUGUGAUCAUUAGAGAGCUGAAGGAAGACGCCGUUAUUAACAACUACAGCAUUCCCGCCGGCACGAGCGUCGUGAUCCACGUGUACCGCCUCCACCACGACCCGGAGCAGUUCCCCGACCCGGAGGCGUUCGACCCGGACCGCUUCCUGCCCCAGAACUCCACCAGGAGACACAGCUACGCCUACGUCCCCUUCAGCGCCGGCCCCAGGAACUGCAUCGGGCAAAAGUUCUCCCUGCUCGAGAUGAAGGCCAUCCUGUGCAGCAUCCUACGCAGGUUCCGCGUGGAGAGCGUCGUCCCUCGGAAGGACCUCAAGCUUCUGGCGGAGUUGAUCCUCCUUCCCAAGGGCGGGAACCUCGUCAGACUGUUCCCCAGGGCUGGAGGAGACGGAGGCCAGCGUGGAGGAGGAGUUAAGAAAAAGGAGAAGGAAAUCACUAUCUCCAUGAGCUUGAGUGCAUGCGCGCGGAAGCUCACUCAGGGAGCCUGUUCGUACGAGUCUAUUCUCACCGACGAGUGUCCGUUGCUGCUCUUGAUGAGGGCUUUACUACAGACGUCCCUAAGUGCACUCAACUGGACGAUGAGGCCAAGUGUGCAACGGGAGGACACAGCUCGCCGUGUGGCACUUGGGGUCCGCGCAACAGCAAUGGAAGCAGCGCAACGGCGAGCAAGGAUACGGACAAGAAAAGAUGUAUUGAACAGAUAUAGUGAUCACGAGUUGAAGAAACGGUUCAGAUUAGAUCGAGAAGGAUUUAUGUAUGCGGCCGACAUGAUCAGAGGAUCACUGCAGCUGAAGGCUGAAUAUAUAAACAAAAAACAAUACUAUCACAGCAUUAAUACCCAGAGAGUGUUUGAUGCAAACUACAAUAUUAUGAAUGUUGUAGCAAAGGCUCAACUCUUCAUCUCUGUUCCAUUUAGCAGUCCUCUUGGGCUUGGGGUCCAAUGUGCCUCGCUCGCUCUCAAUGGCUGGAAGUACCAAGCAGGUGUAAGAACCACACUUGGUACUCCUAGUUCAAAUAUACUGAUAGGGCGACACACGGCAAAUGCCAUUAUCUCGGACCGACCGAGGCCGCGUCCGUUUAUUUUGAUUAAAUGCAAACCAUACCUCAACGAGGUGGCGCAGAUUGGGGAAGGCCUAUAUCCAUCCACGGAUUUCAGAAGGAUGAGAGAUAUGAUGAGAAUUCGAGUCCUAGAGAGCCUGACGACGAUGCAGGAGCUGGAGGAGGAGCGCUCGUGGCUGGCGCUUGGGUCGCCCGGCCUCCCGACCUACGUCCUCCUCACCACGCUCUUGGCGGCCGCGAUGGCCUGGCUCUACAAAAGGCAGCAGAAGGUGUGGCUGGUGGAGCAGAUCCCGGGGCCGAAGGCGCUGCCGCUCAUCGGAAACUCUCUCUUCUUUUGGGGCGGCCCUGAGGUGCUCUUCAAACAACUGUACAAGGUGACCGAGUUCGGCGCCGUGGCGCGCUUCUGGCUGGGCCCGAACCCGUACUGCGUGCUGAGCAGCGCCAAGGCGGUCGAGUCGAUCCUGAGCAGCCAGAGGCACCUGCACAAGAGCUGGGACUACACGCUGCUUCACCCUUGGCUCGGCGAGGGACUCAUCACGUCUGCGGGCUCCAAGUGGCACUCCCGCAGAAAGCUCCUGACGCCCGCCUUCCACUUCAAGAUCCUGGAGGACUUCGUGGACGUCUUCACGUCCCAGACGGACACGCUGGUGAAGCGACUGAGGGCGAAGGCGGACGGGCGGCCCUUCGACGUCUUCCACUGCAUCAUGUGCGCGCUCGACAUCAUAUGCGAGACGGCGAUGGGGCGGCGCGUCAACGCCCAGGAGGAUUCCGAGUCGGAGUUCGUGAAGGCCGUCCACGACCUGUCCUCCCUGAUCCAGUUCCGGCAGUUCCGGCCGUGGCUGCAUCCUGACUUCGUGUUCCGCCGCACCAGCCACGGCAGGAAGCACGACGCCUGCAUCAAGACCAUCCACGGCCUCGCCAAGCAGACGAUCUCCAUGAGGAGGAAGGCGCGGCGGGCGAAGCGCUUCGCCGCGCAGAAGAAGGCCCCGGAAGAGGACUUCGGCCAGAAGACCCGCCAGGCCUUCCUGGACCUCCUCCUGGAAUACUCCGAGAACGACUCGACGAUCACCAACGAAGACAUCUUGGAGGAGGUGAACACGUUCAUGUUCGCCGGCCACGACACCACCACGGCGGCCAUGAACUGGUUCCUGUACGUCAUGGGCACGCACAAGGAGAUCCAGACUCGCGUGCAAGAGGAGCUGGACGCCGUGUUCCAGGGCUCGGACCGGCCGGCGACCAUGGCUGACCUGCGGGAACUGAAAUACCUGGAGCUGUGCCUGAAGGAGUCCCUCAGGGUCUUCCCUCCCGUCCCCAUGAUCAUCAGGGAGGUCAAGGAGGAGAUUCAGAUCAACAACUACCGCAUCCCCGCCGGCACGUCCGUCGUGAUCCACGUGUACCGCCUCCACCGCGACCCCGAGCAGUUCCCGAACCCGGAGGUGUUCGACCCGGACCGCUUCCUGCCCGAGAACUGCAACAAACGCCAUCCCUACGCCUACGUCCCCUUCAGCGCAGGGCCCAGGAACUGCAUCGGCCAGAAAUUCGCGCAGUUGGAGAUGAAGGUCGUCCUGAGUUCCAUCCUGAGGAACUUCCGUGUGGAGAGUGACAUUCCGUGGGAGGAGAUGAGGGUCCACGGGGAGCUCAUCCUGCGCCCGAAGGAGGGGAAUCCCCUAAAGCUUCAUCCCAGGAAAUAG